GAAGAAGAAAAAAAGAAAAAGAAAGAAAAAAAAAAAGAACGGCAGAGAAAUAAAGAGACAAGAGUAGGGGUGAAGGGGAAUUAAAGGAUAGGGAAAUAGAGAGAAAGAGAGAGAGAGAGGGGUGAAGAGGGGAAUUAUAUAGUUGUAAUAUAUAGGGAAGCGCGCGCGCGCGCAACACAUUAGAGGAAAACAUAGGCGGAUGAGAAAGAGGAGGAGGAGGAGGAGGUGGUGAUAGAUAGAGAUAGAUAGUUAGAUAGAUAAAAAGAUAGAAAUAUAAAUAAAGCUGUGUGUUACUCGAUUCGAAUCGAUCGUAGAGAAUUGUCAGGCGAAAAAUAAGGGGAGACACUCCGGGUGGACUUUAUGUGUUCGGCCAGGUGACAGGAAAGGUAAACCCGCGCGUGCGAGAAGAAAUUGAGAUUGAAAUAGGAAGGGAGUGCAGAGGAAAAGAGAGAGAGGGAUUGAGAAUAAGAAGAAUAAGAAGAAGAAGAGGUAAGGUGCACCGUUUUGCAACCUAAAGGGAUCGUACAAAAUCUCUUUUGAAUUGUGAUAGUAUUGCAGUACGAAAAGGAUAAUAGGAAGACACGUGAGAGAUUGAAGAUUUAAAAGAAAGGAAGAAAAAACGGAAGUUAAUAGACAGACGGAUAAAAACAGAUUUAUAUCAAGAUGACGAAUAUCGUGGCAGAUUUAAUUCAUGGCUAUAGGGAUCUCAUGGAUAAUAAAUCCGAUCCUAGGGUAAAUGAUUGGGUGAUGAUGAGUAGCCCUUUCCCAACAAUGGCCAUAUGUCUGUCUUACGCAUACUUUAGUAAAGUAAUAGGACCAAAGUUGAUGGAAAAUAGAAAACCGUUCGAUCUUCGACGUAUACUUAUCGUUUACAAUCUCGUACAGACCCUCUUUUCUACGUGGAUCUUCUAUGAGUAUUUGAUGAGUGGUUGGGCGAGAGGAUACAGUUUUCGUUGUCAACCAGUUGAUUACUCGAGCAAUCCUUUAGCACUCAGGAUGGCGAAUACAUGUUGGUGGUAUUACUUCAGUAAAUUCACCGAAUUCUUCGAUACGUUAUUCUUUAUCCUGAGAAAAAAGAAUCAGCACGUGUCAACCCUUCACGUGAUACACCACGGUGUUAUGCCAUUUUCCGUAUGGAUGGGAAUGAAAUUUGCACCUGGUGGUCAUAGUACAUUUUUUGCCCUAUUGAACACAUUCGUCCACAUAAUCAUGUAUUUCUAUUACAUGGUUGCAGCAAUGGGCCCACGUUAUCAAAGAUAUAUAUGGUGGAAAAAAUAUUUAACAACGUUGCAAAUGGUGCAGUUUGUAUUGAUCAUGAUGCACCAGUUCCAGUUGCUUUUCACGGAA